CAUGAGUUCUUGUUUGGUGCCCUUGCUGAACUUGUAGAUAAUGCCAGGGAUGCAGAUGCCACGAGAAUAGACAUUUAUACUGAGCGACGGGAAGACCUACGAGGUAGAUUCAUGCUGUGUUUUUUGGAUGAUGGAACGGGAAUGGAUUCAAAUGAAGCUGCCAGUGUUAUUCAAUUUGGUAAAUCAGCGAAGCGAUCACCUGAGUCAACUCAAAUUGGGCAGUAUGGGAAUGGCUUGAAAUCGGGUUCCAUGCGGAUUGGGAAGGAUUUUGUCUUGUUCACAAAAAAAGACGACACCAUGACUUGCCUUCUGUUGUCUCGGACGUUCCAUGAGGAAGAAGGCAUUGAUGAGGUCAUCGUUCCCCUGCCCACCUGGAACGCACAAAGCCAGGAGCCUGUGACUGACAACAUGGAGAAGUUUGGGAUUGAGACAGAGCUAAUUUACAAGUAUUCCCCUUUCAAAUCAGAGCAGGAAGUGAUGGAGCAGUUUAAUAAGAUCCGUGGGGAGAAAGGCACCCUGGUGAUCAUCUUUAACCUCAAACUAAUGGAUAAUGGAGAGCCAGAGCUGGAUGUGACUUCUGACCCCCGAGACAUUCAGAUGGCAGAAACACCCCCAGAGGGAACAAAGCCUGAGCGCCGUUCCUUCCGUGCCUAUGCUGCUGUGCUUUAUAUUGAUCCCAGAAUGAGGAUCUUCAUAAAUGGACACAAAGUACAAACAAAACGACUUUCGUGCUGCCUGUACAAGCCAAGGAUGUACAAAUAUACUUCAAACCGUUUCAAGACUCGUGCAGAGCAAGAGGUGAAGAAAGCAGAGCACAUGGCGAGGAUAGCGGAGGAGAAGGCUCGUGAGGCAGAGAGUAAAGCCCGUGCCCUGGAGCUGCGCCUAGGAGGGGAUCUCACGCGGGAGUCCAGGGUGACGCUACGGCAAGUCCAAAACUCUGCAAUAACCAUGCGCCGGGAGGCUGAUGUCAAGAAAAGGAUCAAGGACGCAAAGCAGCGGGCACUGAAGGAACCCAAAGAACUGAAUUUUAUCUUUGGUGUGAAUAUUGAACAGCGUGAAUUGGAUGGCAUGUUCAUUUAUAACUGCAGUCGGCUGAUAAAGAUGUAUGAGAAGGUGGGCCCGCAGCUGGAGGGUGGCAUGGCAUGUGGUGGAGUCGUAGGUGUGGUGGAUGUGCCCUAUUUGGUCCUGGAGCCAACCCAUAAUAAACAAGACUUUGCUGAUGCCAAAGAGUAUCGACACCUGCUGAAAGCCAUGGGAGAGCAUUUGGCUCAGUAUUGGAAGGAUGUUGCUAUAGCCCAGAGAGGUAUCAUCAAGUUCUGGGAUGAAUUUGGUUAUUUGUCAGCAAACUGGAACCAGCCUCCAUCUAGUGAACUGCGCUACAAACGCCGGAGAGCCAUGGAGAUUCCUACCACAAUUCAGUGCGAUGUGUGUCUGAAAUGGCGGACUCUCCCAUUCCAGCUGAGCUCAGUGGAGAAGAAUUACCCUGAUAGCUGGGUGUGCUCUAUGAACCCUGAUCCUGAACAAGACAGGUGUGAAGCUGCAGAGCAGAAGCAGAAAGUACCACUGGGAACUCUGAAAAAAGACUUGAAAUCACAGGAGGAAAAACAGAAACAACUGUCAGAGAAAAUCCGCCAGCAGCAGGAAAAGCUGGAAGCUCUGCAGAAAACCACUCCAAUUCGAUCUCAAGCUGACUUAAAGAAACUGCCUCUGGAAGUGACCACAUGUCCUGGAGGGGAGAACACCCAGUCACAGACCCGACCUCAGCGCCCGCGAUCUCCUCCUUUACCUGAUGUAAUCAAGAACGCUCCCAGCAGACCACCACCACCUACGCCUCCUCCCAAGUCCAUCAGUCAGCUGAAAAAAAGCUCUUCAGCUUGGCCAAAUAUCAGCACUCCCAAACUGGCAAGCAUCCUCUCCAAGGAGGAGGCCAGCACUUCCAGGACACACCAGCACACUGUGACAGCUGGAAAGUCUAACAGUGCUUUAAAAACUCUUGCCAAACCAAGUACAACGACGAAACCAUCCUCUUUGGUCCAUCAGAACCCCAAAAGCUCACGUGAGACAUCCAGUCCAAAAACUGCCAAGACGCCAGCACUGAAGAAAUCUGCCACUGUCAAAUGCCCACAGGCCUCCAGCACUCGGAAGAGGACCUUGAACACCACAGAGGAUGGGUCCGGGGAGGAGGGGGAGUAUAAGAAAGAGAAGACAAAACGAGGCAAAUUUCUGUCAGUGAAAGAAGAGAGAAAGGAUUCCAGUGAGGUGGUGGUAGAGCUCACAGACAGUGCUGGGGAAGAAGAGCUGGCAGAACUGAAGAAAGCUCAGAAAGAUAAAGGGCUGCAUGUGGAAGUGCGUGUGAACAAGGAGUGGUUCACAGGCCGUGUCACAGCUGUGGAAAUGGGCAAGCAUGCAGUACGCUGGAAGGUGAAGUUUGAUUAUGUUCCUACAGACACCACACCAAGGGAUCGCUGGGUAGAGAAGGGUAGUGAGGAUGUGAGGUUAAUGAAGCCUCCCUCUCCCGAAUACCAGGCUCCAGAUACGCAGCAGGAAGAGGAGGUUGUUGGGGCUGAACCUUCCACCUCAGACUGUGUCAGAAUCGAGCCAGACACCACUGGUCCCAGCAGCAGCCAAGAAACAGUAGACUUACUAGUCCAGAUCCUUCGAAAUUGUUUGCGGUACUUCUUACCUCCGAAUUUUCCUAUCUCUAAGAAGGAGCUGAGUUCCAUGAGCUCAGAAGGGUUGUUGGCGUUUCCCUUGAAAGAAUAUUUCAAACAGUAUGAGGUAGGUCUGCAGAACCUGUGCAAUUCAUAUCAGACACGUGCCGAUGCCCGGGCCAAAGCUUGUGAAGAAAACCUCCGCAACUCGGAGAGAAAGCUGAAGGAAACGGAGGAGAAACUGCAGAAGCUGAGGACUAACAUCGUGGCCCUUCUGCAGAAAGUGCAGGAGGACAUUGAUAUUAAUACAGAUGAUGAACUGGAUGCAUAUAUCGAGGACUUGAUCACGAAAGGAGAUUGAGCAGCCCCAGUACAAGUCCUAGAGAAGUGCAGAGGAGCUGGUUGCUGCAAUGGGAGAUACGGAUUCCUGCAGUGGAGAACUAUGGCAGCUGAUGAGGAGAGAGGGUUUUUAGACAGUACUUACGUUGUGUUGGUGUACAACUUGUUCUUGUGACUUUACAUGAAAAGACAUUUGUGCUGUUGGCAGGAAAAUUUUUUAACGUUGUAGUUCUCUGAAUCUCUUCCCUUUCUUUAUAAAUAUUUAUUUUUAAAAGAAAUAGGGA